AUGAAGCUCAUCCUGUCGACCGGCAACAUCAUGGAGGGCGGCUCCUCCAUCCGCCGCGAUCCCACCCAGAAAUCCAAUGCCGAGCUCGUCGCUUCCUUCCGCAACAACUUCGCCGCGCAUUCGCUGCAAACCGAUGGCAUGGUCAACGGCAACGGGACGGCGAAAACCCACCGCAGCAACUACAAGACGUGGACGCAUAUGGCAGACGACGGGCGGAUGGAGCUCGAAGUGCCCAAGCUGUCGUUUGACCGCUCGGGCUUGCAGGAGGAGAGGGAGCAAUACGACAUCACUCUGAAGCUGUUCUACCUCUCCGGAGCACCGAUUGAGAAAAGGGCGGUGCAGACAAGGGAAGCGGUGAACCUGGUGCUCAAGGAGCUGCACAUGCCUUCCCUCAACCUCCUCAUCAUCUCCUUCCCCGGCAUCUACUUUGACGAAGAGGAGGACUGUCCCGACAAGAUCUCCACGCGAGGCCCCGUGGAAGCCGAGCCCGAGCCGUUGGAGUCACAGAUUGAGACGUGGAAGGUGCUAGAGCAGCUGCAUAAAGAGGGCAUUGUGCGGAAACUGGGCAUCGCGGAGUUCGGGCACGAUCGAUUGCAGACGUUCCUAGAGAAAACGACACUCCGCCCCAGCGUCGAUCAAAUCAAUCUCCGAGAUUGCUGCUCGGUACCCAAGAGCCUCCUGAAAUUGGCCAAAAGUCAGCAUGUCGAGUUGUUGGUGCACAAUGACUGCUCCAACGUCUUGCCACGCGGUACGGUGCGUGAGUUGCUCGGGCCGGGUCCAGACGGGGCAGGGGUGCUUGCGGAGACGACGAAGCCGGAGGAGAAGCAGAAGACCCUCCACGGUGAGGCCCAUGCGCCGGAGGAAGGGUUAAAGGGCGAGGUUCAGCCACUGUGGGUGGUGAAGUACACGGCCGUGGUCAAGAACCGGGGUGUCGUUGAGGACAAGGGCUACUUUGCCGUUGCCGAGCUGACGGAGUGA